ACCUUUACGGGAGUGGGUGGGGGGGAAACUGUGUGCGGUGGGAGGAAGCUAAACUCUUCUUAAACGCGAAGAAGCAACGUAAAGAGUGGAUAACAAACAGGAAAUGCCUAACUCGGCUGCGAGGCGGACGGGCUGUGCAGAGCGCUGAGCUCCACCGGCAGCGCAGCUCAGCCGGGCGCGCCGGCGGCAGGACCGCUCCCGCCACCCCUGCCCUCCGCCCAGGCUCCGGGCCCCGGCUCGCAGGAGCCCAGGCAUGGCUGCCUCCUACUGGAUGCUGACAGCUCUCUUUCACCUUGUUUGCACUUCCAAUGUUGAUGUGAAAAAUGCACUGACCUUUAGUGGGCCUCUGGAAGAUAUGUUCGGGUACACAGUCCAACAGUAUGAAAAUGAGGAAGGGAAAUGGGUACUUAUUGGUUCACCACUAGUUGGCCAACCUGAGAAAAGAACAGGCGAUGUCUACAAAUGCCCUGUAGGAAGGGACAGCCCAUCACCCUGCAUAAAACUGAAUUUACCAGCUUCUACUUCAGUUCCUAAUGUCGUGGAAGUAAAAGAAAACAUGACUCUUGGAACAACCUUAGUGACUAACCCAAAAGGAGGGUUUCUGGCAUGUGGACCACUUUAUGCUUAUAAAUGUGGACGUUUGCAUUACACAACUGGAGUUUGUUCUAAUGUCAGCUCCACUUUUGAAACUGUUGGGGCCAUUGCUCCGUCUGUGCAAGAGUGUAAAACCCAGUUGGACAUUGUCAUAGUACUUGAUGGGUCCAACAGCAUUUAUCCAUGGGAGAGUGUCACAGACUUUCUGAACAGCCUCCUGAGAAACAUGGAUAUAGGUCCUCAGCAAACACAGGUUGGAAUUGUUCAGUAUGGACAGACUGUAGUCCAUGAAUUUUACCUGAAUACAUACUCAACAACAGAAGAUGUGAUGGCUGCAGCCUCGAGAAUACGCCAGCGGGGCGGCACGCAAACCAUGACAGCCUUGGGAAUAGACACGGCCAGGGAAGAAGCUUUUACUGAGGCUCAUGGUGCACGAAGAGGAGUGCAAAAAGUAAUGGUUAUUGUGACUGAUGGGGAAUCACAUGACAACUAUAGAUUACAAGAAGUGAUUGAUGAUUGUGAAGAUGAAAACAUUCAGAGAUUUGCUAUUGCUAUUCUUGGCAGCUACAGCAGAGGAAAUUUAAGUACUGAGAAAUUUGUAGAGGAAAUAAAAUCAAUUGCCAGUAAGCCUACUGAAAAGCAUUUUUUCAAUGUCUCAGAUGAAUUAGCUCUUUUAACCAUUGUUGAAGCACUUGGAGAGAGAAUAUUUGCCCUGGAAGCAACAACAGACCAGCAGGCCUCCUCUUUUGAAAUGGAGAUGUCUCAAGCUGGUUUCAGUGCUCAUUAUUCUCAGGACUGGAUCAUGCUCGGAGCAGUUGGAGCAUAUGACUGGAAUGGCACAGUACUCAUGGUGAAAGACACUGGUAUUUCAAUGCCAACUAAUGACACCUUUCGUGACAGGCGUUCAGAAAGAAAUGAGCCUCUUGCAGCCUACCUAGGAUAUACUGUGAAUUCAGCAGUGACACCUGGAGGUGUGCUGUACAUAGCAGGACAGCCACGAUACAAUCACACUGGCCAAGUUAUCAUUUAUAAGAUGGAAGGAAAAGAGGUGCAAGUGAUUCAGAGAUUAAAUGGAGAGCAAAUUGGAUCAUACUUUGGGGGUGUUAUUACCACAGUCGACAUUGACAGGGACUCAUUUACAGAUCUUCUUCUUGUUGGAGCUCCUAUGUAUAUGGGAACUGAGAAAGAGGAGCAAGGGAAAGUAUAUGUUUACAGUCUGAACAAGACAAAAUUUGAGUAUCAGAUGAGUCUUGAACCCGUAAAGCAAACAUGCUGCUCACCAUUAAAGCAGGAUACCUGCAAAGUUCUCAAGAAUGAGCCUUGCGGUGCGCGCUUCGGGACUGCCAUUGCUGCAGUGAAGGACCUCAACCUGGACGGGUACAAUGACAUUGUGAUAGGCUCUCCCUUGGAAGAUGACCAUCGGGGAGCUGUUUAUAUUUAUCAUGGCCGUGGCAAAGCAAUCAGUAAAAAAUAUUCACAGCGUAUUGCAUCAGGUGGAGAUGGGGAAAAAGUGAAAUUUUUUGGCCAGUCUGUGCACGGAGAAAUGGAUUUAAACAAUGACGGGCUAAUUGAUGUUACCAUCGGAGGCCUUGGUGGGGCUGCCCUCUUCUGGUCUCGUGACGUGGCGGAAGUAAAUGUUUCCAUGCAAUUUAUACCUAAAAGCAUCAAUAUUCAACAACAAAAUUGUCAGAUAAAUAUAAGAAAAACUAUAUGCAUAGAAGCCACAAUUUGUUUUAAGACCAAACUAAAGUCAAAAGAAGAUAUAUUUGAAUCCAGUCUGCAGUAUUGGAUUACCCUUGAUGCACAAAGACAAAUAUCUCGAAGUUUGUUCACAGAAAGCCAUGAGAGGAAAAUGCAAAAAAAUAUAACUAUCAAAGGGUCUGAAUGUACGAAACAUAACUUCUACAUGUUGGAUAAGCCUGAUUUUCAGGACUCAGUAAAGGUUUUGCUGGAAUUCAAUUUUUCUGAUCCAGAGAGUGGACCUGUCCUUGAUAGCAACUUGCCAAAUUCAAUAGCAGAAUAUAUUCCUUUCACAAAAGAUUGUGGAGCCAAAAAUAGAUGCAUUUCAGACCUUGUUCUCAUCGUAAAAGCAAGCAUAGCUGGAGACAGCUCUUCUCCAUUCAUUGUAAAGUCACGCAAUGAUAAGUUCACCAUCCAGCUCUCUGUGAAGAACAAAAAAGAUAGUGCCUAUAAUACCAGAGUUUUGGUUCAGUAUUCUCCAAAUAUUAUUUUCGCUGGCAUUGAGGAUAUACAGAAAGAUAGCUGUGAAUCUAAUCACAACAUCACCUGUAAAGUGGGAUAUCCAUUUCUAAAACCUGCAGAAGAGAUUUCCUUCAAAAUAUCAUUCCAAUUCAACGCAUCCUAUCUCCUGGAAAAUGCUACUAUUCAUGUAUAUGCAACAAGUGACAGUGAAGAACCACCUGAGACCCUCAGUGACAACAGAGGACAUGUUACAAUUCCAGUAAAAUAUGAAGUAGGAUUAAUAUUUGUAAGUGUUUUCAAAGAACAUCAUGUUAUAAUUGCAGCAAAUGAAACUGUCCCUACUGCAAUCAACACAACAGAGCAGAUUGGGGAUGAAGUUACUCUACAUUAUAGGAUUGAAAAAGGUGAACACUUUCCAAUGCCAAACCUCACACUGCAGAUCUUAUUUCCCAAUGUAACAGCUGCCAAAAACACUCUUCUCUACCUUACUGCAUUGUCACAUUCCCAGAAUGCCAUCUGCCAAAGUAGUUACCCUGUAGAUCCCUUAAAGAUUGGCACCGGGAAACCAUUUGUGCUGUCAAAAAUAAAAGAACCUACAAGGGAUACAAUUAUGGACUGUGAUACAUACAGCUGUGCCUCUAUUAAUUGUGCCCUGGUCCCAUCUGACAUAUACCAAGUGAAUGUUUCAUUGAGAGUAUGGAAACCUACCAUCAUAAAAGCCAGUAUUCACAGCUUAACCCUUGUUGUGAAAGCAUUACUUAGGAGUGAGAACUCAUCACUCAUUUUGAGAAACGACCAUCAAAAACUGGAGACCAUGAUCAAGAUUUCCAAAGAACACCCACCGGGUACAGUCCCCUUGUGGGUUAUCCUCCUGAGUAUCUUUGCCGGACUCUUGAUUCUUGCACUGCUUAUAUUUGCUCUGUGGAAGGCCGGAUUUUUCAAAAGGCCAUUAAAGAAGAAAAUGGAGAAAUGAAAAAAAAAAAAAAAAA